GCGCACUCGCGGCUGGCGGCACGAUCGAGCACCUGACGCCUGACGCCUGACGCGUCUCGCAGCUCGCAGCUCGCAGCUCGCAGCUCUCAAUCAUCAAACGUUACUCCGCCACCAUUCACUUACACGUGCAGCAUGCCAGUCAGAGUCAGUGAUGCAGUGAUGAAGUGGUGCAGUGAUGCAGUGGUGAUGCCCAGUCCAUCGUCCAGGACUGCCACCACCGCGGCAUGUGCACGUCGCGAUUACGGCAGGCGCCAUUACGGCACUGUAGGGAGCCAUAUGUAAGCGGAUGGUUGCUCUUGCUCUCGAGGACAAGGAACCCCAGCAACUCGUUGUCACUCUCUUUCUCUCGCUCUCGCUCUCGCUCUCGCUCUCGCUCUCGGGAUCCCACCCGUUCCGGCUCAUGGUUCAACCGCACACUGUGGCUCGUAACCCCCUGGACUCGACAUUUGAAACAAAACUCUAUGCCUAUACUGUAUAUCCACCCACCUUCGUAUUCUCGAGUUGAUGACUUGACUUUCAUGCAUCGCUGGCACGCAUGGC